AUGGCGAGUCCUGCAAAGAAACGAAAGCUCAACAGCGAUUCUAAAUCCUCUCCCGCUUCUCGAAAUCUCGAUUACUUCUUUGGCAAGCAGAGACAGGCUGUCCCCUCUCGUCUUGCGAAGGAUGCAGAGCAGGAAGUCGGUGGAACGGUCGAUUCUUCCACUUUGACAGACGAAGAGUUGGCAAGGAAGUUACAAGCAGAAUGGGACCAGGAAGCUGCCGGCAGAAGUUCAGCAGAUCACGAAUCUAGGAAUUCGGGUUUCGGAGAAGGAUCAAAUUCUACAAGUGUAUCAGCUGAGGUAGAAAAGGACCCGGUGGAGGAGACUGCCCUGAAUGGUAACGUUGGUGAAGUUAACGGUUCUGACAGGGGCUCUGCAGAUGUCAAACCUGUACUAGAUUCCAAGAGCAAGAAUACUCUCUCACUGCAGGCUACAGGCUCGGCGGAAGAUACCAUCACUUCAAACAUACCAUUCGAUGAAAGUCCAUUGACAUUCGAGCCUGCGAAAUACAUAAAAGAUCUACAAGGACAUUGGGCAGCCGAAGGAGGCAAUGCAUCCUACGCUCUUCUCACAAGAUGCUUUGUGUUGGUCAAUAGUACACAGAGCAGGAUUAAGAUUGUAGAUACGCUGGUUAAUUUGCUGAGGAUCAUUAUCGAAGGGGAUCCAAAUAGUCUCUUACCAACUGUCUGGCUGGCUACCAACGCUAUCUCUCCGCCUUACAUAUCUUUAGAGCUUGGACUUGGAGGAUCUGCAAUAUCCAAAGCCCUCAAGAAUGUUUGCGGCCUGGAUAGCAAGUCCCUCAAAGCCCUGUACGAUAAAGUGGGUGAUGCUGGCGACGUUGCAUUUGAGGCCAAGAAGAAGCAGAGCUUCACCCUACGGAAGCCAAAGCCUCUUACAAUCCAAGGGGUCUAUCAGUCGUUGGUGAAGAUUGCUAGCACUCAAGGCACGGGAAGUGGCGAGAUCAAACAACGGAUUGUGGAUCGUUUGCUGCAAGACGCGAGAGGGCCUGAAGAAAGUCGAUAUGUUGUCCGGACUCUUUGCCAGCAUCUACGCAUUGGAGCCGUCAAAACUACAAUGUUGAUUGCAUUGUCCCGAGCAUUCCUUCUGUCCAAACCUUCUGGCGCCGACUUCCCUGUUAAGACACGAACAGAACUUGCGGGUCUCAAGAAAGAGGCCCUUGCCGAUGUCUGGUCAAAAGCAGAAGAAGUUGUAAAGGCUUGCUUUGCCAAAAGACCAAACUACAACGAUUUGAUACCAGUGCUUCUCGAAAUCGGCGUUUGCGAUGAGCUUCUAGUUAGAUGUGGGCUGGCUUUGCAUAUUCCUUUGAGACCCAUGCUAGGAAGCAUUACUAGAGACUUAUCUGAAAUGCUCACAAAGCUCCAGGGCCGUGACUUCAGUUGCGAAUACAAGUACGAUGGCCAGCGUGCUCAAGUGCAUUGUGACUCUGAAGGUAAAGUCUCGAUAUUCUCUCGGCACCUGGAGCUCAUGACCGAUAAAUACCCUGAUUUGGUGGCCAUGAUACCAAAGAUUCGAGGAGAUGGAGUCUCGAGUUUCAUCAUGGAGGGCGAAGUUGUGGCCGUUGAUCAAGAGUCUGGAGACCUGAAGACUUUCCAAACGCUUGCCAACCGCGCAAGGAAAGACGUAGCAAUCGGCAGCGUCAGGGUGAACGUAUGUCUGUUUGCUUUCGACCUCAUGUACCUGAAUGGAGAGCCUUUGCUUGACCGUCCAUUUCGAGAGCGCCGCGAAUUACUCCGCAGCUUGUUCACGGAAGUUCCAAACCAGUUUACAUGGGUAAAAAGCAUCGACGCAACAUCCCAAGACUCCGAAACAGUCCUCGAAUUCUUCAAGAGCGCAACAGACGUCAAAUGCGAAGGCAUCAUGGUCAAAAUCCUCGACAACCUCCCGAACACCAAAUUAACAGACGAACCCGACGAGAACCCCGAAAUCAAAGAAUCAGCACCCGAUCCACCAGCAAGACCAAGCAAAGGGAAGAAGAAAGCCAAUGCCAAAGCUAAAGCCUCCGAAAAAGAACCCGAAAAGAAAACCCGUCGCAAAGCUCUCCUCUCCACCUACGAACCCGACAAACGCCUCGACUCCUGGCUCAAAGUAAAGAAAGACUACAGCACCACCUUUGACACCCUAGAUUUAAUCCCCAUCGCUGGGUGGCAUGGCCAAGGCCGGAAAUCAAAAUGGUGGUCGCCGAUCUUACUCGCUGUGCGCAAUGAGGAGACCGGGUCCCUAGAGGCGGUUUGUAAAUGUAUUUCCGGGUUUACAGAUACGUUCUAUAAAGCGAACAAGGAGUUCUACGAGGAGGGAAGCGAGCAUGUGCUAGGGGGAAAGCCAAGUUACGUUGACUACGAGGGGGGACAUCCGGAUGUGUGGUUUGAACCGCAGGAGGUAUGGGAGAUGGCAUUUGCGGAUAUAACGCUUAGUCCGGUCUACACUGCGGCAAUCGGCCUCGUGAGUGAUGAGCGGGGAUUGAGUCUGAGAUUCCCACGGUUCUUGAAGAAAAGGGAUGAUAAGAGUAUUGAUGAGGCGAGCACGAGCGAGUUUCUGGCAGGGUUGUGGAGGAAGCAGGAGGAGAAGGUUCCGGGUGCUGUGAAGGAGGUGAAGGAUGAAGCGGGGGUCGAUGAGGAUGUGCUUUGA